AUGGGAGACGUAAUGCCCACAGUUACACCCUGGAUUCAGCAUAAUGCUCCCCAAGUUGACCCCGCGUGGGCGUUUGCCGAAGCCCAGCGCAAAAGGCAGAGAAAUAUUCCCGACCCUCCACCGCGGGUCUAUGGCCGAAAGGAGAAAUUCAAGGCUGUCAUGAAGGAUUUCUUCGCAACUACCAAGGACAGUCAGGCCAAAGAUAUAUUUGAGCACACCCAUACGUGGGAAGAAGUUCGUGCCGAGGCCCAGAAAGCACUGGAGCUACGAUACCAGGAAAAUAGAAAAAAGAACUUUCUCCGAAGAUCAAUUCGAGUCAUGGGGGACGUCACCUCUCGAUUGGAAUUCUUGACGGCGCUGGUUCCCAGCGGAGACUACAUGGGUGUCCUAUGUGGAGGCCUCAAAUUGGUCUACAGUGCAGCAAACCGUAUGAGCACCAUUCGUGACCUCAUUCUGGGAUCUUUGGAUAGCUUGUCCCAGCCAAUUGAGGAUGUCUCUCCUUACUUGUAUACCUAUUCCUGGAGCGAGACUCUUCUGGAGAAGGCUCAUGACCUCUACAUAUGCAUCUUGGAUGCCGUCGAGGAGAUCACCAUUGGAUCACCAAGAAAAGGGGAGGUAAGGACUGCACCCUCACUUUCUCGACCCAGCAUCUCACAGCCGUCAGCUUUGCGAGGUAUGCUGGAAGUAGGAAAGGCAAUUGUACAGCAAGAUGACUAUGGAGCACAACUUGAAUCCGCUAUCAGUACUACUGUCACAGAGAAGGCAAAUGCGUUUGAAAAAGCCGUCAAGUCAUGCUUGAGCAUCGAAGUCCACGAUAUGGGUCGAAACGUGGUCCGGAUCGGCCAAGGACAGGAUGCAAUAAGAGGGGAUCUGAAGCCCGUGCUUCAAGCUGCAGCAUCUUGGGAAAGAUGUGAGGCCAUUCUACGAGAUUACAUGAGACAGAUACAACCAAUACUUGCAUACCAUGCCGCUAUGGCUUCUCAGGCCCCUCGGGUAUCCAUCACAAUUCAGCAGCUUCUCACUGCUCUCCACGUGACAGAUCCCUUCCCUAAAGUGAAUAUUGUAGACCAUAUGGUCUGCAUCAUAACCACUGAGAGAAGGAAGAUGUUACUUGCCGGGGGAGCCUUAGGCGUUGUUGCGGAAGACCAGGUGACAGGUGCCCUGCGGGAUGUCCGGUUCCGCAACUGGCUGCAAGGAAUGUCUUCCCAAGUCCUCGUGGUCUCCAACAUGGAGCAGGAUAUUCUACAAGAGGGGCCUGCCUCGCCGCUAACCUACAUGUGCUCGGUACUAUUGAAGUCUCUCGCCCCAAGUGAGCCAGUAAUACCAAUCGCCUUCUUCUGCCGGCAACACUGCAACACCCAGGAUAGCCAGACUGGAGUCUCAGAGAUGAUGAGAUCUCUAAUUGACCAACUCAUUAUUACCCUCGCCGAAUCCAACAGUUUAGAUCUCAGCUUUCUGGUAGAAGAGCAUCUUCACACCAUCGCGAGGCAGGAUGUGACGAUCCUCUGCCACCUAUUUGCGGAAGUGGUCAAGCGUAUCCCAAGCGGGGUGGUGAUCUGCAUUAUCGAUGGUAUCGAUUUCCUUAGCAAUUUCAUCCAUAUGCCUUGGCUAGAUGUGGUAAUGCGGUUUCUUUAUGAUCUCAUGGGGAUUGUGGCGGGAAGCCGGUCAAACCUGGUGUUCAAGAUAUUAGUGACCAGCCAUCGAGGGGCCAGUCUUGCUUCCCAUUGGUUUCCUUAUCGAGUGGAGUUGCCCAUGCACAGAAAUGAGAUGAUAAAUGGCGUUGGACUUGGUACGAGGGAGAUGCAGUCAAUCUUCUAG